ACGUUUGAGACCAAGAAUCCGACGGAGCUGGCGGAGCGCUUGCGAUCCGUGUGUGGGAACCAGAGCAACGCUUACGCUCGGCUGCUGGAGUACCGACUGAACGCGCUGCGCGGGCUCUGGAACGCCCAGCGCCAGCUCGCCUUGGAGGAGCAGCAUGACCGGGAGAGCUCGGGGGAGGAAGAAGCACUCGCCCUGCUCAAGCGCCAGGGCUUGUUGCAGCAGCCUGAACAGGCCCCGUUUACUUCCCGGAUGGGGCUUCUGCUGGUCUUUCCCCUCAUUCAGUCUCAGAGUCGAACAGACCCGUCUCUCUGUAACAUAACUGCUGAGGUGCUAUUGAAUUGCCUUCGAGACUGCCAGCCUUUGAGUUUGACUAAGGAACCAGCUGACUGUCUCAAUGGGAUAGAGGCUUUGCUGUGCUCCUGGCUGGAAGACACUUCGGCUUCAGGCCAACAGAUUCCAUAUAAGCAAAAAGAAAAUGCUGCUGCUGCCCUAGUUGCCUUGGCUUGUGCCAGAGGGUCGCUGAAAACCUUUGUUCACACAGUGCAUCUGUUACAGAAACAGACUGAUCUCGGAUCCUUGCCUGUGGCCGAUGUGUUGUACAGGUUGUUGCUUUUGGAGGGAGGACCUGGAUCACCCUCUUGUUUGCUCGGAGGAAAACAUAUAGUAUCUUGGGGCUUUGAAGACAUGUUACCUGCACCUGAUGCCAACAGUAGUUCCAGCAGUGAAAAUAAAGAUGCAGACUUGGGGCGCUGCCUUGCAGCCGAUGGGCUCUAUCUUUAUACAACUAAUUCAGUGGGCAGAGGAAUAAGUAAAUUAGGAUCUGGAUUACAUGGGACUUUGCGAGGUUUUGUGUACUGCCGUAAUGAGGAGCUGGAGCCUGGCUGGGUGGCUUUUGGCAAUGGCAAACUUCUUCAUCGGCCCGUCUCUUUCGAUAAUAAGCCUCACUCCCUUUUCCAGGUUGUGGAUCAGCAUACCCUUCAGGUAUGUCAGAUAAUCCCAAUGCCAGUAAAUCACUUCCCAGUUGGCAGUACUAUGACUACCGUGCAUCUUUCUUCAGAUGGUACAUAUUUCUACUGGAUUUGGUCUCCUGCAAGCCUCAAUGAAAAAACACCAAAAGGCCACUCUGUCUUCAUGGAUAUUUUUGAGCUUAUAGUAGAAAAUGGCAUGUGUAUAGCAAAUCCUCUACAGGAACGAAUUAUAUUAAUGAGAAAAGAGGGUGAAUCUGCAAAGAGUAUCAACGAGAUGCUUCUGAGUAGGCUGUCUAGGUACAGAGCCUCCCCGUCAGCAACGUUGGCCGCUCUCACCGGCUCUACAAUCUCCAACACGCUGAAAGAGGACCAAGCAGCUGCAAACACUAGCUGUGGGCUGCCACUGAAGAUGCUAAGGAAGACUCCGAUAUACACCUGUGGAACGUACUUGGUGAUGUUGGUCCCACCCCCGGGUGGAUCAGGCAGUUCUGCAACACGCUCGCUCUUUGGAGGAACAAGUGCUUUGUCAUCUUUAAAAAUUCUUGCUUCAAGCUUGGUGUUCAAUAUUUCGGAUGGGCAGUUCACAAGCCGAGCAGAUCUCAUUGAUGCUGCAGGAAGCUCUCUUGGACGUGGUGCUCUAGUUCCAGGACUUGGUGCCUGUUACGAUACUAUGAAUAAUAUGAUCUGGACAUGCUCUAAUGAUUAUAUUGAUCAGUGGUGUAAUCCUGGGAACCAGGCAUUCCAUUGUGUCUGUCAGAGGCUGGGAGUGAGUCAUGUCAUUACAGAGCCCAAAGGGGAUGCAACAACCACAAAUGAGGUGAUUAACCAGUUACUGCACCAUGUUGGUGCCAUGUGUAUCCACCAACUCAACCUGCUUGCGGCUAGCAACAAUCUUCCCAUAACAAACUUUUUGGGCAAGCAACAUCCAAUUGAAGCACAUCAUCUCAGCAGCAUUUGUGACAUUAUGGAGAAAGCUAUGGUGAAUGGAGAUACUUGUAUAAUACGCUGCAUUCUUGUCGUCUUUCAGGUGGUUUUUAAGUUUUUCUUCAGCCCACAAUCCGAAAGAAACAGAGAUAUUGUUAGAAGGUCUGGCCUAUUACUUUGGCAGUUACUGAUGGCACCACGGGAUCAGAUUUGCUCCGAAAUUCAGAAGGAGGUUUGUCUAGCUAUUAGCUCUGGUUUGAAUAUCCUGUAUCCUGGAGAAGCAGAAAUCAAUAAUUUGUUGAAAUUGGUCUUGACUGAAGGAGAGAGAAAUAGCGGUCUCUCUCAACUUCGCGACGUUAUCCUGACUAAUUUAGCUGAACAGCUUCAGAACAACAGGUUUGGAAGUGAAGAUGAUGAUCAUUAUAGACUAAAUGAUGAGCUGUUGCACUACAUUCUCAAGAUUGUUGUCCGAGAAUCUUGUGUCUUAAUCACCAAGUGCCAAACUGUAUCUAAAGAUGAUUUUCAAAGGCUUCUUUCAACUGUGCCUGCUGCAUCGUCGUGUUUGCGGUAUCUGAUGGCUGUGCAGAACCACCUCCUCAGUAACACUAUUUUGAUUAAACCUGAUGAAAAUGAUGACAGUGACAGCUCCUUGCAGGGAGAGACAUUGAAGGAGCUAAAGACCAGCAUUUUGUCUCUUGCUACGCAAAUACUGACAGGAUGUGAUGAAGUCUUAGAAAUGCUGCAACAAGUCACUACUGCUCUAAUAAACAGUGACAUUUCUGACAGAGAGCAAAGAUUAAAAGGCUUGGAGCAAAUUACAAAGGCUACUAUGCUUGGUCAUCUGCUUCCCGUCCUACUGACAUCUCUGAUGCAUCCAAAUUUGCAAACUCUAACUAUGGCUGAUGCCUUGAUGCCUCAGCUGGUGCAGCUGGUUCUUUACACAAGUCAGACUGCGCUGCUGCUUAAAACUCAGUCUCCAGUUUUCUCAGAACUGAACAGUUCCCCCAGUGGUGCAUCAGAACAGAAAGGGAAGCUCUUACCUGAUGAGAGAAUGCUGGAAGAGAAAGAAGAACCCGGUUUUCUUACGGGUUUGAAGAUCCCUGCUCCCUGGGCUGCUGGGAAGACUGUAGAAACAGUUCAUCCUGUCAGGGAUAACUAUAAAUUUAAAGAAACUGUGCAUAUUCCAGGAGCCCGCUGUUUAUAUCUUAGAUUUGACAACAGAUGUUCUUCACAAUAUGAUUACGAUAAGUUGGUGAUCUAUGCUGGUCCUAACACAAACAGUAGGAAGGUUGCUGAGUAUGGAGGCAAUACACUGGGAUAUGGCAGCCGUAGUGUCUUAGGAACUGGUUGGCCGAAAGACUUAGUAAAGGUGGAAGGAGAUACAGUCACCUUCUCCUUUGAAAUGCGGAGUGGUCGUGAGCACAACACUCCAGACAAAGCCAUGUGGGGCUUUGCGUGCACUGUUCGAGCACAGGAGUCCUCAGAAGAUGUGUCAGGAGGCUUGCCGUUCUUAGUUGACCUGGCACUCGGCCUGUCUGUGCUAGCUUGUUCUAUGCUGCGAAUACUGUACAAUGGACCAGAAAUUACCAAAGAUGAAGAAACCUGUCAGGAGCUCUUAAGAUCUAAACUAUUACAAAGGUGCCAGUGGCAGGUGGAAGCCAAUGGUGUAAUAUCUCCAGCCCUUACACCAAGUCCUUCGCCAUUGCCCCUUACUAUAGAUGAAGAUAGAGAAUUUACAUAUCCCUCAGAUGUUCUGGUGCCUCCCGUUGGACACUACUUCGAUUUGCCCAGGAUUAGGCUGCCUCCAGGAAUCAUGAUAAAACUCAGGGAAAUUUCUGGACGUGCUCGGCCUCAGUUUAGACCUAGUAUAAAGGAAGUGAUUCAGCCAGAAGUAAUGGAGGAGAUGGUAGUUUCAUGUGUGAUUAAACAUUUGAAUUUGGUUGAUGCGCUCCAGUCCCUGAUAAAUUUCCAGUAUCAGGAAGAACAUGCCGAAGAAUAUGAUUUACUUUGUAAAAUUAUGGGAGAGACUUUUAAGAAGCUAAAUGCCAUGGAGAGACAAUUGCAGAGCGUGGCUGAGCUGGAGCAAAAAUGGCAGAAUGAGGUAGAUGAUGCCAUGCAUGGGAAGCUGGAGAACAAUGUCCCAUUCUUUUAUGAUUAUCACUUCAAUGAGAGCAAGAUGAAAGAACUAGAACUUCUGUGUUCAAUGAAAGAAGUUUCCUUUGAUGGAAGUGAUCUUGAGAAUGUGGUCCUGGCAUUAAGGGAGAAGUUUUUUCAAGAGGUGAAUUCACUGAUACAGAAGACCUCUCAUCCCCUAGCAAAAACAAAAACAUUAGUUAAGAGCUUGAUGAACAGAGCAGAGCUGUUACUACAUGUCACUAUUGCAGCACAGUCUGGUAUCACAAGAAGUAUAUCUGGAACCCCUGCAGAGACUCCAGCCUGUAAGUCAGCGUCGGAAGCGAAGGUGAUCUCGCACGCAGUCCGCCAGCCCGUCUUCCUUCGCAGCAUGUCGGCACCGUCGGACUUAGAAAUGAUCGGUAACGAAGAUAUCGAGUUUGCUAGAUCAAGUCAAAGGCGCCGCCACGUUACCAGCCACAGAAGUAGCUCUUUCACUCUUCUCCAGUCACUGACCGUUGAGGAUAGCAGAGAUAAACCCACCUACAGUGUCUUACUGGGGCAACUUUUUGCCUUCAUCGGAACAAAUCCCGACCAAGCGGUCUCCAGCAGCAGCUUUCUGCUAGCUGCCCAGACAAGGUGGCGGCGUGGGAACACGAGGAAGCAAGCCCUGGUGCACAUGAGAGAGUUGCUGACGGCAGCUGUUCGGGUUGGUGGUGUGACACAUCUCGUGGGCCCAGUGACCAUGGUACUUCAGGGAGGACCGAGAAUUGAAGAGCUCACAUGUGGCGGGAUGGUGGAACAAGUCCAGGAAGCUUUCGGAGAGACUAUGACAUCUGUGGUCUCGCUGUGCGCACGCUACCCCAUUGCUUGUGCAAAUAGCAUUGGCCUCUUAUGCACCAUACCUUACACAAG